UUGUGCAAAGCAGUCAGGUCAGCAGACUGGUCAGAGCGGCUUCAUACUGCAGCAGACAGCUUAUACAGUUUCAAAAAUGAGUGUUGUGAAUGUGGACCGCUGGAUUGAGGAGAACAAAAAUGCUUUUCUGCCUCCAGUGUGCAACAAGCUCAUGCACUUUUCUCAGUUGAAUGUCAUGUUUGUUGGAGGUCCAAACACCAGGAAGGAUUAUCACAUAGAGGAAGGGGAGGAGCUGUUCUACCAGGUGAAGGGGGACAUGUGUGUAAAGGUGGUAGAAAAUGGGAAACACAAGGAUGUACACAUAAAGGAGGGAGAGAUGUUCCUGCUCCCAGCUCGGAUCCCCCACUCCCCACAGAGACAGGCCAACACUGUGGGGCUGGUGGUGGAGAGGAGACGGCUGCUGACUGAGACUGACUGCCUGAGGUACUAUGUGGACAACACUACUGACAUCCUGAUGGAGAAAUGGUUUUACUGUCAGGACCUCGGAACCCAACUGGUGCCAAUUAUCAAAGAGUUCAUGGCAUCAAAGCAGUUCAAAACAGGAAAACCUGAUCCCAACGUAGUCUUUGGAGAACCUGCGUUCCAGAUGAACACCAUGAAUGUGAUGACGCCCUUCUCCUUCAAAGACUGGCUGGACAAACAGAGGCCAGCCCUGGCCAGCAGAGGGCUCGUCAACAUGUUUGGAGCUCAGUUUGAGACAGAGGUGAUGGUGUUUGGACCCGGGCGGACCGAGGCGUCAGUACGGCAAAGUGAUGUGUGGAUUUGGCAACUGGAGGGAUCCUCAAGAGUAACAGUGAACGAGCAGGAGUUCAGUCUGUCUGCAGGAGACAGUUUACUUGUUCCUGAACAGAGCCAGUACCAGUGGCAUAGAGAUGAGGGGACUGUUGCCCUGUUUGUGGUUCAAAACCCUGAGCGGAAGAGACCCUGAGCAUCACCUGCAAAUUCUCUCACACACACGCACACACACACAUCACAGUAUUGUGUAUAUGUGGGCAACAGAACUCAGUAUUACAUGUAGUAGUGAAAAUAAGACAGUUUAUAAUCGCACGCAGUAAGUAUUGUAAAUCAUGCACUCAUUGAAGUUCAACACUAAUAUAUGUUAAUAAAAAUGAGCAUUGACCCACUUCCGUACUGAUAAACACCAGAAGCAACUGAACUUAAAACUGUAAAUUGCACUCUGUUGUUUUAACAAAAACACUAAUCUUAUCAGUGUACAUCGUUUCUAUUUCAAUUUAUGAAAGAAGUCAAAAGAAUAAAUAAGUGUCAAGAUAAAA